AUGAGGUCCAAUGGCGCUUCCGCAUUGCUCAACGCCUUCCAGGGGCUGAAGAUUUCCGCAUGCACCCCGUUGCGACAACUGAGGACUCCGAUCCAGCACCAGUCCAAAGUCCUCAGCACCGCUCUGCUCCAGAAUGGCAGGGCUUUUUCCACAAGCCCGGCCAUGAUGGGCACAUGGCUCGAGCCCAGCCUGAAUCGAAAGAAGAAAAUGGCAAAGGGGCGACCGCGAGUAGCGACGGGAGGGUCUACGAAGGGCACAACAGUCAUCUGGGGCGAUUACGGAUUGCGCAUGGUUGACCACCACCGAAGAAUCAGCGCCAAGUCACUAAAGAUGGCUGAGGAUACGAUCAAAGUGCGACUUCGAGGAGAGAAAUACCGACUUUACAAGAGGAAGUGCUGCAACGUCGGCGUCUACGUCAGCGGUAACGAGAUGCGAAUGGGUAAAGGAAAGGGUUCCUUCGACCACUGGGCCACAAGGAUGGCAGUCAGCCAAGUUCUGUUUGAGAUCAAGGGCCGAAUCCAUGAGCAGAUUGUUCGAGACGCUUUCCGGUUGGCUGGCAAUAAGCUCCCAGGCCAGUGGGAAUUUGUAAAGAAGGGUGACGCUCCCGUUGUUGGAAUUACCAAGCUGGACGGUAUCACACUGGAGGAUCUCAAGAGACCCAGAAAGCAGCUUGCCCCCCAGGAGCUUAUUGAGAUAUCAACUUCUACAACAACCGCCGAAGCCGGAAGCACAUCUGCGCCGCCUGGGCACCUAGACUUCCCCACCCUGAGUUCAUCGCACAGCACUUUACGCGACGACGCGUCUGCCAACCUUCAAAAUCUUGGAGCUUCCAAUCCAAUAAGCACGCCAAUCUCAACAGCCAACGCAAUGGCUCUCAUUGUCGACAAGCAUCGCCCGCGGUCUCUCGAGGCUUUGUCAUAUCACCAUGAGCUUUCAGAAAGACUUCAAUCUCUCGCCCAAAGCGGUGACUUCCCCCAUCUCUUAGUCUACGGUCCAUCAGGAGCCGGAAAGAAAACAAGAAUAGUGGCCACGCUGAAGGAGCUGUACGGCCCCGGCGUGGAGAAGAUCAAGAUCGACGCACGAGUGUUCCAGACGUCUAGCAACCGAAAGCUCGAGUUCAACAUUGUCGCCUCAAACUACCACUUGGAAAUCACACCAUCCGAUGUAGGGCAAUACGAUCGAGUCGUUGUGCAAGACCUCCUGAAAGAAGUAGCGCAGACGCAGCAGGUGGACCAGUCGGCAAAGCAGCGAUUCAAGGUGGUCGUUAUCAAUGAAGCAGACCACCUGACCAGAGAUGCGCAGGCCGCACUUCGUCGGACGAUGGAAAAAUACUCUCCCAACCUGCGUCUGAUUCUGCUGGCCAAUUCAACAGCGAACAUCAUUGCGCCGAUUCGUUCAAGAACACUGCUCGUCAGAGUUGCCGCUCCGACCCAUGCCGAAAUCUGCGACGUCCUUGCGCAAUCGGCAAAGAAAGAGAACUGGGAAGUUGUCACAGGACUCCACCAGCGGAUAGCUGAGGAGAGUGGAAGGAAUCUGCGCCGCGCGCUACUGAUGUACGAAGCGAUUCACGCUCAGAAUGAGAAAGUAACAGACACCACGCCAAUCCCACCCGCAGACUGGGAAGCUCUGGUUGGACAGAUCGCCAAGGAGAUCAUCGAGGAACACACCCCGGCAAGAAUCUUGCAGGUGCGCGCUAAGCUGUACGAUCUCCUCACACAUUGCAUCCCACCAACCACGAUUCUCAAGACCCUUACGUUCAAGCUGCUGGGUCUCAUUGACGACGGGCUCAAAGGAGAGGUCAUAAAGUGGUCCGCGUUCUAUGAGCACCGAAUCAAGACGGGAACAAAGGUUAUCUUUCACCUGGAAGCGUUUGUCGCAAAAUUCAUGCGCAUUUUGGAAAUGUACCUGAUGAGCAUGGACAUGUAA